UGAUUAGGCAAAAACUUCCGGUCAACUUUGGUCACCACAUAAUUUAAGCCAUUACCACAACAUUUCAGGAGGUGCAAAGACUGAAGUUACAAAAGACAUACCACCAUGUCUGGGGAGAAGUGUUCGGUUCAGGCAGUUGUAAGGUGCCGUCCCUUCACAGAGAGUGAGAAGGGCAAAAAUGCCUCCAGAGCAGUGAAAGUCUCUGGUGACAAAGUUAUUCUGCAGGGAGGGAAGGAGCAGACCUUCUCUACAGAUGGGAGUUACUUCUGGGAUGUUGCCAAUGGCCAGGUGUACAAGGAGAAAUGUGAGUCUCUGGUCAAAAAGGUUGUGGACGGCUUUAACCUGACCAUCAUGGCUUAUGGACAGACUGGAUCUGGGAAGUCCUAUAUCAUGCAUGGCACUGAAGAGGAUCCAGGGAUUGGACCACAGGUGUUCCAGACUCUCUUCAGGCAGAUUGAAGCUGCAUCAGACAACAGGGACUUCUUUGUGUCCAUCACCUAUGUACAGAUUUCUGAGAAUGGCUUCAUCGACCUUCUAAAUCCCCAUGGCAACGAGAUGAAAGUGAGGCAACACCCUCAAUUGGGCAUUAUUGUAGAGGGUGCCUCUGAGAUUGUAGCACACAACGAUGAGGAUCUCAACCGCCUGUACGACCAGGGGAACAGAGUCAGUGCCAUCAUCCAACCAGACCAGAAGGCUGGUGUUCAUCGUGUUGCGAUGGUUCGUGUGGAACAGAAGGACCUUAGUACGCUGGAUGGACAGGGAGUGAGGUCACAGGUCAACCUGGUAGACCUGGCAGGGGCGGAGACCAGCGCCUGUAAGGGAGUAAAUGCCCUGCUGACAGCUCUUGGUGAGUCUAAGAAGAAGGACAGCAAUGUGCUGUACAGGGACUCCCACAUCACCCGUCUGCUGCAGGAUGCACUGGGGGGGAACAGCUACACUGUCAUGGUCGCCACCAUCUCAGCUGCAGAUGUCUGUGCAAGUCAGACACAGUCAACCUUGCAGUUGGUGCAGACUGCCAGGAAGAUCACCAACCAAGUCAAGCAGAAUCCAGAUGAGACCAGUACAGUUAUCAGUGAGCUGCGUAAGGAGAUCACCCGUCUCCGCACCAAGAUCAGCAGCAGCAGCAGUCCCGCAGAUCGCGAUGAUGUCAUCAAGAUGGAGGAGCUUGUGAAGGAUCUGCAGCUGGCAAAGAAACAGAGCUGGGAGGAACGGGAGAGGUUGUCUGACUCUAAUGAGGAGGAGAGGAAGCACAACCUGGCAAACAAGGGUAUCCUCGAGUGGGUGAUGGAUGCAGUCAGGAGGGGGAACAAAGACACCAGAGAACGGAUCCUACAGAUCCAGAAGGAUAAAGACAAGCUCCAGCUGGAGUACAAAGAGAAGCGUCAGCAGCUGGACAGGAUGAAGGAUGACCUGCAGGCCAAGAUAGCCGAUUACACCAAGAUGACAGAGAUGGGUAAAGCUAAGGAGGAUGAGACUAAGGCUCGUGUCGGAGCCAUCCAUGACCUGAAGGAACACCUGAAGAGGGAGACGGAGGCCAUCAAAGACAUCAAGAAACGACUGAAGGACCUACAGGAGAAACAACGGGCAGAGAAGGAGGAGGCUCGAGCCACCAGCUCUGCUCUGAAGGGGAACUCUGAGCUGAGGUACAGGAUUGAGGCCGAGGAACGUCAGAAGUUUGAGGCUGAGAACCGAGCCAUGAUUAAGGAGGAGCUGGACCGAAUGAAGAUGGAACUGGAACAGGAGAAGGCAGAGAUUCAGCUGAAGGAGGCCCAAGGAGUGCAGUAUACAACCAAGGAUGCCGUGCAGUUGGAGAUGCAGCUGGCUGAGAUGAAGGCAGAGAAGUCUGUCAUCACUUUACAGCUGCAGUCAUUAGAGCAGGAGAAGAACAUGCUGGAAAAGACAAUGGAGAAUACUCAGAAGGCUCACAAGGAGGAGAUGGAGAUACAGCAAUUGCAACAUUUUCAGACAUUCCGUAACUUUCGCGAGGUGUUUGAGGAGCAGAAGGCUGCGCUGGAGGGGCGGUACAGGAAACUGCUGGAGGAUGCCAUACAGGACGCUGUCUUCCUGUCCGACAGGAACUCAGAACUGGAGCAGGAGAACCAGGCUCUCAAACAAGAGCUUGCGGAGAUGAAGGAUGAGAUGACCAUACUGAAGGGGGCGGGGGCAGGCAGGAGGAGCCGUCCCCCUACAGCAUCCUCCACCAGGUCCGCAGCAUCCUGAUGGACCAGUCAUGGACCAUGAAGGGGAGAGGAUGAAAUUCUGCAUGAGAAUUGUUGUCAUUUUUGUUAAGAGCUUAGCUGGGAGAUGAAAUGAAGUGUAUUUGUACAAUUGGUAUUUUGAGACGUACACUUUUUUAUACAUUUGUAUAACGUGUUAACUCCUGUUCAGAUACUAUGGCACUAGUAGGCAGUCUCUUGUACUACAUAUACAUGUAUUUAGAAUGUGACACCUGUCAAUUUUGGUAUAAUGCUAGUAUAUGUAUUCUACUCUCGGCCAGACUGACUAUGCUGGCUAUUAUACUUAAAAUAGGGAGUUUUGCUACCAGGGUGUUUGGUCGGCUCUGGAGAGGGAAUGCUAUGUAGACCUUAACAUGGACUGACUAAUGUUUCCUCAACUGGUCAAAGAUAGAUGAAUUUUUAAAUUUUUAAAAGGUCUAAUGCUUAGAUUUUAAACAAAACACAAUGAUAAAGAAUGGGAUCUAUGCAAUUAGAAAACACAUCUGACAGCAAUAAUUACACUCCCUUUUUUGUCUAUGAUAGGUGUACAAGCAAAAUUACUCCUGAAAAGGGAAACAACAUAGAAUUGAUGUAUUUUAUAUUCAUCACAUUAAAUUCUUGUAUAUUAUAACAUUUUUUGCACUUGCAUACUAGCGUACUUCUGUAUGUCACCCAUGUAUAUAUUAUGUGAUUUUUUAUCUGUUGUGUGUGUGUGUGACUUGUAGAACACUUUGUCUUCAAAUACUGGAGAGAAGAUACAUAAUGGUAUGAAUGCCUGUGGGUCCACACUAAAAUAAUAACUAUUAGAAGUUUCUGUUGUUAUGGGCAAUUUGUGGUUAGAAUAUGAAAAUUUUGCAAUGUCACUCUGAUCACCUGUCAAAUUUAUGUUAUGUAUCCAGCGUUUGAUGGCAAUAAUAGACUUUAUAUCUGGAAUUGAAGUAUUUUUAGUAUUUGAUAUUGUCCAGCACAAAACAAAUGAAUGUAAAUAUAUGACAAUGUGAACUAUGAGAUGCAAUAAUCUUAGUAUGUAAAGGGAUAUUUUUAUUACAUCAUCACAGUAGCUGUUGAAUAAAAAGUUGUUUGCACUUUUA